UUCAGAAUUCAAUGGAUUAGAUUUAUAUAAAUGUAAAAAGCUGUCCAGAGGUCCACAUUAAGGACAGUUUUAGGGUUGGGGGAGUUAAAAAAGGGCAUGAGGGUGUUUAAGGGAUGAGGGGAGACCUCAAAAAUGAGUUGGACUGGCCUAGAAGUUUAUUAUACUCCAGGUUCUCCUGGCUGCCGAGCAGUGUUGAUGUGUAUACGGGAACUAGAACUAGAAGUAGAAUUAAUAAAACUUGACAUGUAUCAAAAAUAUGAACAUAAAAAACCUUGGUUCAUUCGGAUGAACCCCCAGCACACAGUACCAACUAUAAAUGACAAUGGCUUCAUCCUCUGGGAAAGUCGAGCAAUAAUGCAAUACUUAGUCUCCAAAUAUGGGUCCCAUAAGAGUGAACUGUACCCUACUGAACCUAUGGCUAGAGCGGCUGUUGAUAAAAUACUAUUUUUUGACAUUGGAACCCUAUACAAAUCCUUAGUAGACUACUUUCAUCCCCAACUAAUGUCUGGGGAGGAACCUGAUGAAAGAAAAGGGAAUGCUUUCAAACAGGCCUUGGACUACCUAGACCAAUUCCUUGAGACUAGUAGAUAUGUGGCAGGGGAUACCCUCACCAUUGCAGACAUUUCAGUUCUAGCGACAUAA